AUGAAACAAAAAAUUAAUUUACUUUUAUUUAUCAAAAUUGCUAUGUUUAUACUUUUACACUGUACUUGCCAUUUUAUCAAUGAUGUGAGUAUAUUUAAUAGUUCUCUGAAUGAGAACUACAGCCCUGGAAAAAAAAUAGUCGCAAGAAUAUAUAGGAUAUUAGCAAAAUAUAAACAGGAUAAGGAUACAAAUAUGGUAUGUUUAAAAGAAAAUGUACUAAAUUAUGAAUCAAACAAUGAAACAGAUAUACCUAAUUAUGAAAAACAGGAAAAAAAAAAAAAAAAAUUGUCUUAUGGAAGUUCAUCAUUAAGUGCUAUUGACCAUAAACAAUACAUGAAAAAUAAAUCUUGUAUGUUUGAAACAAAAAAAUAUUCUCAUAUAGAAAAAAGAAUAUUUAAAGAACUUGAUUAUAUAGAUUUUCUUCAAAAGAACAGAGCGAUUAGUGAUAAGAUCUUCAGAAAAGUAGUAUUUAAAAAAUACAGAGUACGAAUAAUUUUACCUUUAUUUUUUGUAUUGUUAUUGUCAACCUACCUAAUAUUAGAUUUUUCUUGUGGUUAUGGGAUUGUAGGUUGGUUGUUAAAGAUACUGAAGAACAUUCUUGGAAGUGAAUGGUCAAGACCUUUACGUUCUUUUUUGUGGGAUCUCAAAUUGGAUUUCUUGUGGAAGACAGAAACCAUUAAUGUUGUAAAAAAAGGAACGAGCAGCCAUAUUAAACAGUCAUGGACGUUUAUGACCAAACCGUUUCUAGUUUAUAUAAUUUAUUUAAUACCUUUCGUUAUAUUAUUUGCCACACUUAUUUUUGCGGUAGUUUACUAUCAUAAAAAAGUUAUAAAAUAUCAAAAAAUUAAGUUCAGGAAGAGAUAA